AUGAGGUUCGCGGAGGCUGGUGUUACGCAAAAACUGACAGCAAAUUUCCAAGUCCGGGAACAGGGUCCAAUAGAACACUGCCCUGGAAGCAUUCCUGUUGGCUCUAACGCGGAUUUCAGCGGCCAAGCCGCAGUGGAACUGUGGCAUCUUGUACUAAAACUGUCGGUUGGGCAGCUAAAGAUUACGGGGUUGUUAUUCCUAGUCGACAUGAUGCUUCGCGGUCCAGAACACCAUCACAUAUUGAUUUUGGCGCAAGUUCCAUCCCAUUCAAGCGACGAGGGGGUUGGUGCUAUUCCCUGUCGUCCCGAGUUGGUUGUUGAAUUCCGAUAA